GAGGAAACCUGUAAGACGCUCUGGCGUCUGUUCUUUGGUCACAUUAUGAAAACGAAUUUUGGUAUUCAUAUAGUUAUUAUUCAGAUUUUCCUGUUUCUCGUAUUGGCCACUACCGCGGAAGCGUUGUUCUUCGAAUAUCAGUUUUUUCAGUCCGACAAGGGUGCUCAUGGAUUUCUUCCAGUCAUUGAAGGGGAAGAAAAAUCAUACAACAAACACGACGACUAAUUAUCAUCACGUUUAUCAUCAUUAUCCAAUGCCAGUAAACAUCAUAUCCGACCAUCCAGUUAAAGCACCGGGAAAGUACGAUUUGGAUUAUUGGCAUGAUAAACAAUUGAAAUCAAUGGGUUGGAACGAUUAUGAAUACCAAUUUGUACCUGAUCCAGAAAUUACUGUACCAUCAAGCUCCCAUGGUUCUUCGUCAUUAGGGUAUCCCGAGAACUAUCCUUGGAAAGGGAAUGACGACUUUUAUUCACACUCAAACCACCACAACAUGCCUAAAGUAUCUCUUGAUUUUCCUUCGCAUCAGGAGAUAAUGAUUCACAAGAAAGCAUCGGAUGGCGAAGAAAAAAAUCAUAUGCUGUCUACUUUUUUGAAAAAAAUUCAAACUGUUAAAAAUGUCGAUAAACAUCACGAUUAUGAUAAGUGUCAGGAUAAGGUGACCAAACCAAUAGCCGGCAGCAAUUGGAACCCGGUUAACACGUACAUGGUUUAUUUUCAUCCUGAGGGAAGCGGACAUCUUUAAAGGGAAUAUUGUCAAAUUUGAUUAUUUUUUAUUUUUUAAGUUUUUCAAAAAUCCAUCCUCAAUGUCCUAGUGUGGCCAGUUGUUACUUAGAAGGAUUCAUAAAAAUAAUGUUAUUGAGGUAAACCGAUAAUGCAAGUACAGUGGGUACUGUAGUGGUACCAGAGUUAGACAAUAAUUGCGUGAGCAUUAUACAUAUAUAGACGUGUACUUGUACAGUAUUGUUACGACAAAGUAAUAUUAAUAACUUAAUAUCGAAAUAAGUAAG